AUGACGCGUCCCCACUCGCCCUCGGGCCCAGCCACACUCCCCUCGACGCCCGACCUCGGCUCGUCCUCGUCCGCCGCCGCACCAGGCUCGCUCCGCCGCGACCACUCGGCGUACGACCUCCCGUCGCGCGACAGCGCCUACGCCGACGACAAGGACGCCGACCUCGAGCGCGCGUACCGCAGCGGCUCGACCUCGGCCCACUCGGCCGGCUCGCCGCUGCUCCCCUCGUCGCCGUCGACCAACAGUGCCGCCAAGUCGCCGCCGCUCCUCGCGCACCUCGGCGGCCUGACGCGCCGCGUCUCGCGGCGAGCGCUCCUCGCCGGCCUCGUCGGCCUCGCCGUCCUCGUAAAGGUCCUCGGCGCGGCGUCGUCCGACAAGCUCGGCGACGCCCCGGUCCUCGAGCAGCUGCGCAGCGCCAAGGAGCUCGUGCAGCAGUCGGUGGCAGAUCGUUGGGCGGCUUUCAGGUGGCACAACGGGCAGGACACGGUCGAGGACGAUGAUUUCGAGUUCGAGCCGCUCGACCCGCUGCUGGUGCUCAACUACAACACGUCACGGCCGACGAUCAAGGAGCAGCUCAAGCCGGGCUUGCGCUACGUCGCGACGAUGGCGUACGGCGGUCACGCCAACCAGAUGAUCUCGAUAAACAAGAUGCUGUACUUUGCCAAGGUGACCGGGCGCGUCGCCAUCAUCCCUUCCCUCAUGCCCAUCCACAUCGACGGCAACCCGGAGAACAUCUCGAGCUUCUACGACCUCGGGCGCUUCUGGGCCGAGGCGCGCAUCCCGGCCGUCCAGUUCGCCGACGUCAAGCCGAUGGACCUGCGCAGCGAGCGGCCGCAGAACGAGCACCUCGCGUGCUGGUCCAUCCAGGAGCUCCUCAUCGGGUUCGCCAACCUCCAGGCGUGGUCGUUCGACCUGCACGACGUCUGGGUCGACCACUGGCCCUUGCCGCCGCUCGCCCGCGGCGGUGGCGGCUUCGACGUCGCGUUCGACGCCCUGCGCAUGUUCGACUUUGACGUCGGCGCCAAGACGCGGUGGAUCGAGCAGGUGCGGCGCGAGGUCCUGCCGCAAAAGGCGCCCGUCGACCCGGAGGUGCCGUUCGAGGGCGACAAGGCCAAGAACCUCAAGGACGGGUUCGACACGGUCUCGGCGGCGCCACCCGACCACCAACUCAUGUGCUUCGACAACUCGCUCUUCAUCGGGUCGGUCAUGUUCCAGGAACCGCACCUCGAACCCGUCCCGCUCGAGCCCACCGUCCCCGGCGAGGGCCUCGACUGGGUCCACGCCGGGCAGUACAUGCGCUUCAACCGCGAGGUCGAGCGCCGCGCCGACGACUACCUCAUGGAGCUGUUCGGCGUCAGCCGGGCGAGCGAGAUCCCGCCGUUCAUCACGAUCCACCUGCGCCGAGGCGACUUCAAGGAGUUUACGGGCUUCACCGCGCUCGACAAGUACGUCUCGGCGCUCGAGCGCGUCCAGGCCGCCCUCCAGAACCGCCUCGACAACCCGUACGACUGGACCGGGCCCGGGCGUUUCGCGUUCCGCACGUUCGACGGCCUGUCGGCCAAGGACUACGCCGUCGUGACGACGACCGACGAGCGCGGCGACACGCCGUUCGUUCAAGAGGUGCGCGCCCUCGGGUGGAAGGUGCUCGACCACGACGCGUUCGACACCAAGCGCAAGAUGGGCGGUUGGUGGCCGACCAUGCUCGACGCGGCCAUCCUCGCGAGGGGCAGGAGCUUUGUCGGCACGCACGCGUCGACGUUCUCGCACAUGGCCGGCUUGCGGGUCAAGUACUGGCGUGGCGGACUGGUCGAGGUGGCGAGCUAGUCGUCGCGGUGCAUAGACGGGCGUCGCGACCGCCUCCCUCCCUCCUUGUUGUAAACCUCGUUCCCUCGCAUU